AUGUACAAGGUCAUCUGCCUCGCUUUCCUCGCUGUAGCGUGCGCGCGUCCACAAGAUGGCCAUGGUCACGGCCACGCUUACUCAUCACAGAGCAUCGUACUACAUCAAUCUCACGGUCAUGAAUCACAAGUACCAGUUCAUCAUGAAGUGAAGCCCGUAGUCGUAGUUCAACCUGUCUCCCAUCACGAAUCUCCUAAACAUGAAGAACACCACGUCGACUACUAUGCCAUCCCUAAAUACACAUAUGAGUACAAAAUCGAGGACCCCCACACCGGCGACAACAAGUACCAGCACGAGACCCGUGACGGUGACGUCGUCAAGGGUGUGUACAGUCUGCACGAAGCCGACGGCACCAUCAGGAUCGUCGAGUACACGGCCGACAAACACAAUGGUUUCAACGCUGUCGUAAAACGUGAGGGUCAUGCCCAGCACAUUAUUCCUCAACAUCAUUCAUAA